AUGCCCAGUUGCAAUCCUCUUUCCUUGGUGGUGUAUCUCAGGCAUGGUUACCCCCAAAAUACAGUGUCUGGGAUGUCGUAUCCAGCUGCAGCAGAAGGUGGAUUGACAUACAUGCCAGGGCAAGCACAUAGCUCUCAGAUUCCGAAUGUCCCGACACAGGGACCUGUCGCGUCCAUUGGAGGAAAUCCUUUUGCAUAG